GGAGGUGGGCGAAGGGGGCGAGGUUAUCAGAUCGUGUGUGGACUUGGUGCGGGAGACCCCUCACUCGCUCCUGUCAAUCCGUACCGCCGGUGCUUCGACCCCCCCCAAGUCAAAAUGCGAGAGUGCAUCAGCGUACAUGUGGGCCAGGCCGGCGUGCAGAUCGGCAAUGCUUGCUGGGAGCUGUACUGCCUGGAACAUGGUAUCCAGCCAGAUGGUCAGAUGCCCUCAGAUAAGACUGUGGGCGGCGGCGACGACUCCUUCAACACCUUCUUCAGCGAGACAGGCUCCGGCAAGCACGUUCCCAGGGCAGUGUUUGUCGACCUGGAACCUUCCGUUAUCGAUGAGGUAAGGACUGGCACAUAUCGGGCACUCUUCCACCCUGAGCAGCUCAUCACGGGCAAGGAGGACGCCGCCAACAACUAUGCUCGCGGCCACUACACCAUCGGGAAGGAGAUCGUCGAUGUGGUGCUUGAGAAGGUCCGCAAGUUGGCCGAUCAGUGUACAGGUCUUCAGGGCUUCCUCAUCUUCCACUCCUUCGGCGGCGGCACUGGAUCAGGCUUCACCUCCCUCCUGAUGGAACGUCUCUCUGUCGACUAUGGCAAGAAGAGCAAACUGGAAUUUGCCAUCUACCCCGCCCCUCAGGUGGCGACAGCAGUGGUGGAACCUUACAACUCUAUCCUGACAACCCACACCACUCUGGAACACUCUGACUGCGCCUUCAUGGUAGACAACGAAGCCAUCUAUGACAUAUGCCGUAGGAACCUAGACAUUGAACGACCAACCUACACCAACCUUAAUCGCCUCAUUGGCCAGAUUGUCUCUUCCAUCACCGCCUCCCUCAGGUUCGACGGGGCACUGAACGUCGACCUGACAGAAUUCCAGACUAACUUGGUGCCCUACCCACGCAUCCACUUCCCUCUCGUCACCUACGCCCCCGUCAUCUCCGCCGAGAAAGCUUACCACGAGCAGCUGUCAGUCGCCGAGAUUACUAACGCAUGCUUCGAGCCUGCCAACCAGAUGGUCAAGUGUGAUCCUCGCCACGGGAAGUACAUGGCGUGUUGUCUGCUGUUCCGUGGCGACGUAGUGCCCAAGGACGUGAACGCUGCCAUCGCCGCCAUCAAAACCAAGAGGACCAUCCAGUUCGUGGACUGGUGCCCCACAGGGUUCAAGGUGGGGAUCAACUACCAGCCACCAACAGUAGUGCCAGGCGGAGACUUGGCCAAGGUAGCUCGUGCCGUGUGUAUGUUAUCCAACACCACCGCCAUCGCUGAAGCUUGGGCCCGCCUCGACCAUAAGUUUGAUCUGAUGUACGCCAAGCGAGCCUUCGUCCACUGGUAUGUGGGUGAGGGUAUGGAAGAGGGUGAGUUCUCUGAGGCUCGUGAGGACUUGGCAGCUCUGGAGAAGGACUAUGAAGAGGUCGGCCUUGACUCUGCAGAAGGCGAAGGAGAAGAAGAAGAAGGACAGGAGUAUUAGAUCUCCAAUGACGACGACAACUACCCACCCAGUGACGACAACUGUUCCCCCCAGUGACGACAACUGUUCCACCCAGUGACGACAACUGUUCCCCCCAGUGACGACAACUGUUCCCCAGUGACGACAACU